AUGUCAAAACCAGAGAAAAGGAAGUUGAAUAAAGGAAAGGAAAAAAUGAUUGAGAAUAUGUUUGACGAAGAAGACGAAGGAGACUCUACUCUGGGUUUCGACUUUAAUAAUCUCGUUUCGGGGAUAGACACUGAUCUAAUAGCUGAAGUCCAACAAAUGGAAGCAGAAGAUGGCCUUGAUGUGAAUAAUAAUGAAGAAGAAGAGGAAGAAGAUAUUGAUGAGUGGUUAGAGGAGAAUGAGUUUGUUGAUGAUACUGAAUUAAACGAUUUACUCAAUAUGUCUACUGAGGAGAAACGUAGUAGGUUAAAGACAGGCGGUAUAGAAGAACUUCAACAAGACAUGGAAGAAUUCGAUGCCAAUUUGGCUCUCACCGCGAAUAUCGGUACCGGUAAAAUAAAGGCAGCUACCAAACGACGUAUUACAGCAGGCGAGUUGCGUUUAUCACCUGAAGUCAAACGCCAAUUGGGUGAAGCAAAUGCCCUUUAUAUUGCUAGAGAUUAUGGUAAUGCCAUUGAUAAAUUGCAAGCGAUCAUCCAGGAAAACCCCAAUGCCCAUCCAGCUUGGAAUACUUUGGGUUUGGUACAUGAAGAGUUGGGAAAUACAGCAAAAGCGUUACAGUUUCGAAUGUUUGCCGCUCAUUUGUGUAAUGACGCUGGCCUCUGGAAAGAAUUAGCCCACAAAUCAAUUGAAAAUGAUGCAGUUAAACAGGCAGUUUAUUGUUUUUCAAAGGUGCUUGCUUUGGACCCAAAUGACCUUGACGCACUCUGGGACAGAGCUUUUUUGUUUAAACAAAUGGGUCGCAGUUCAGAUGCCAUCGAUGGCUUUUUGGAAAUUCUCAAACAUAUACCCCACCACUUUAAAGUUAUUAAUGAACUUGCACGACUUUACCGACAACAAGGAAAAACGAAAGAAGCAAUCAAAAUGUAUGAGGAUGCGAUUGAUUAUCAUAUCAAAAUGGAACAAGAGCGCAUGGAAGAAGAAGAGGACGAGGAAGAAGAAGACGAUGAAGAGGACGAAUUCAGUGAUAAGCUUGGCUAUGUCGAACUAAACAUGCUCAGUGAGCUUUACUUAAUUCUAAAUGAUUAUCGCAAAGCUUUGGAGACAAUUAAGAACGGUUUAAGACAUAUACAAAAAAGACAACACGAAACUUGGUGGUUGGAUCAUGUAGACGACGACGACGAGUACUUCGAAAACGACGAGGCGAGGACAGAAUUCCCUAUAGAAUUGCGUGUUCGCAUGGGUAUAUGUAGAAUAUACUUGAAUCAGGUUGACUUAGGCACGAAACACUUUAAUUAUUUAUUGCAAUAUCCACCUACAACUUAUCCUGAUUUACAUCAAGACAUCGCGUAUACCUACUACGAUAAAAGAUACUUUGAUCUUGCUUUGGCUAUAUUUCAAAAGAUCAUCGACGUAUCAGAUGAAGUAGAUAUCGAUAUACUGAUCAAAACAGCCGAUUGUUACAGAGAACUCGGCGAUUUGGAGACAGCAGUGAUCUUUUACAUAAAUGUUUUAAACGAGCAACCAGAAAAUUUGGACAUCAUGAUGUCUCUUGCGGCGAUAUAUGAAGAGCAAGGAAAGGAAGAGGAAGCUUUAGAAUUAGUCGAUUUUGUGAUGAAAAAGAAUAGAGAGGCUCGUAAACAAAAAAAGAUGGAGGCACAUAAAAAUACGGAGGAUGAUGACGAGGAAGCGACAAUGGAAGGGUCAACGCAGACAAAGAAAAAAAAGAAUAAGAAAGCUUCUCUUUUUGAUGAACAUGAGGCAAUAAAGACCCAAAAGGAACAAGCCCGACAGCGUAAAGCUGAAAAAAGCAGGAAAGAAGAAGAACUCGCUUUUUCAACUCUUGGCAUAUUCAAUAAAUUGGACGAGCUAGAAGAGCAAAUUGGAGAUACUAUAGUUGAUGCUGAUCGCGCUUUGAUAAGAGAUUACAUCAGAAAUGCACAACAAUUGUGGGAAGAUUUUAGUAGGACUGGCGCUUUUUAUCCGCACUCAAGGAGUAUCAGAUACAAAGGGUUCUAUGAACUUCGCAAUAACCGUAGUAACAAGCAAGACCCUGCUCGUCUUGGCUUGGAAGCCCAUGAAAUGGCGGAGCGUCUUCGUACAAAGGUUGUUAAAGAUGAACCCCAAGAGAAGACUUUAGCUGAUGCUAUGCGAACAGAUGUAAUUGACGUUGAUGCGAUAACGGAAGAAGAAGACAAGCGUCUUCGAGAAGAACAAAAAGAGUUAGAAAGACGAAUGCGAGCUGCUUCUCAAUUCCGUAAUAUACCAUUUGAUAGAUGGGUUACUAUGAUUAUCAAAUAUGCCUAUGCUCUAACAAUCUCAAGACGCGUUGAAGAAGCUUACGAGAUGCUUAAACGAGCUAUUGACGCUAAUGUUUUUUAUCAUGAUGUUCCAAAGAAAACUGCGCUUUACUUAGUAAUGAUCGGUAUUGGUCUGUUGAGCGGUAAAGACUAUAUUACCCAAGACGGUGUACGAUGGAUGUGCAAUUUCUACCAGUUUAGAAACGACCCUUUUCGUAUGUAUUCAGCGAUCAUGAAUCAUGCAAACCAGCUCCUCGUCAAUGCACAGCUUAAAUUUCUAAACCGUGUCAUUCGUUUGAUGGAUGCCCUGGUGUCUAGCCGUCAAAGAGAAGAAAGAGGUGUGGAUGAAACACAAAUGAAGAAAGAAAUUGAAGAGCUGAAUAAUGCUAUUUUGUCUAUGGAUGUGGAUCCAUCGACUGCAAAUGAGAAAAGUUAUACUCGGUUCUAUCAUACACCCAGCUACAUUGACACACAAAGGGUGCGAAGCAUGGGCAUUGCGUCGCCUGAGAAAGUGAAUCCUGUCCUUCUGUCACUGUUUGCUCAAAUUAUGUCCAUGACGAGAAAUCAUGUUGCAGCGUCAUUAUAUUACAUGAGAGCUUAUGCUGAAGCACCAAAUGAUCGGUUAAUUACUUUAUCAUUAGGCAUCUCGCUCCUUUUAGUAUCAACACACCGUAAAACUGAUAAUAGACAUUUAAAUAUUAUGCAGGGCAUGAUGUUUAUUUCUGAAUAUCUUAAAAUAUCCCGUUCAAAUGAAAUAUACCUCCAAGAAUCAGAAUAUAACUUUGCCCGUGCUUUCCAUUUGUUAGGACUUACCCAUUUAGCCGUACCUCAUUACGAAAGAGUUUUGUGUUUACCGUCCAAAGCACAAACGGAAAGUGCAGGGCCUAAUAAGCGUAAGGAGAAGCCUAUUGAUAAGGUGUAUGAUUGGCCCAUUAGUAAAGAAGAAGAAGCAGAAUUGGAAGAAGACAUUGACGAUGAAACUGAUCUCAAGUCAGAGGCAGCCUAUAAUCUGCAUUUAAUAUAUAUCACCAGUGGUUCUACGAGCUUGGCUCAAAUAUUACUUAUGAAGUACUGCUCCGUUUAA